ACACCGAACCGAGAGAAAAGUGACAACAGAGUCUCUUGUGCGUGAGUUAUUUUUCGCUAAAUCACGAUAUUGUUUAAGUGACUUUUCAAUUUAACUAAUACAAAUAACCAUUAAAAUAUUUUGUUUUGAAUAAAGUAUUAAAAUGAGUUCAAUUGGAACUGGAUAUGAUUUAUCGGCCUCGCAAUUUUCGCCUGACGGUCGAGUUUUUCAAGUUGAAUAUGCUCAAAAAGCUGUUGAAAAUAGUGGAACGGUAAUUAGUCUUCGAGGAAAAGAUGGGGUUGUAUUUGCCGUAGAAAAAUUAGUAACAUCAAAAUUGUAUGAAGCCGGAGCAAAUAAAAGGAUAUUCAACAUCGAUGAGCACAUUGGUAUGGCCGUAGCUGGUUUAAUUUCUGAUGCUCGACAAAUUGUCGAGACUGCACGUUCAGAAGCAGCAAGUUAUCGCGCUCAGUAUGGUGUUGGAAUCCCGGUUAAAUAUUUAAAUGAACGUGUUGCCAUGUAUAUGCAUGCAUACACUCUCUAUUCAGCUGUACGACCUUACGGUUGUUCAGUUAUUCUGAGUGCUCGUGAAGCCGAUGGACCGGCAAUGUACAUGAUCGAUCCAUCUGGAGUUUCUUAUGGAUAUUUUGGGUGUGCCGUAGGCAAAGCUAAACAAUCAGCCAAGACAGAAAUUGAGAAAUUGAAAUUAGUUGAAAUGUCGUGCAAAGAGUUAGUAAAAGAAGCUGCAAGAAUUAUUUACUUAGUUCAUGACGAGUUGAAAGACAAACAGUUCGAGCUGGAGAUGAGCUGGGUUGGCACACAUACGAAAGGUAAACAUGAGCGUAUUCCACACGAAAUAAAAGCCGAGGCUGAAGCUAAAGCCCGUCAAGCUAUGGCUGAGGAUUCUGAUAGUGACACUGAAGACAUGUGAAAGUAAUAAUAUUAAGUAAAAAAAAACAAAGUUUUUCACAUACGGUACAUUUAUUAUAUUUCAUUUAAUUUUUAAAUCAAUAAUAAAAGUGAUUACUCUACUAA